AUGAUAAACCCGCCGAGGUCAAAAUCCGGCAACCCUGCUCGUCCGCCACUGGCAGAAGGGAUGGCGGUGCCCAGCGGUGAGCUGUCCUUCCCCGUCUGGGGGUUGUUGCCCAAGAAGGAAACAGGUGUCACGGGCUUUCUGGAGAAGUUCCCGACUUACGACGGGCGGGGGACCAUCAUAGCGAUAUUCGAUUCGGGGGUUGACCCUGGCGCUCCUGGCUUGCAGGUGACUAGUGAUGGGAAGCCAAAGGUCAUAGAUCGCAUCGACUGCAGCGGUGCCGGGGAUGUCGACACGCACACGAUCGUGAAAGUAGAUGCAGACGGAUGCAUAACAGGAUUGUCUGGAAGGAAGCUCAAGAUUCCUAAAGAAUGGAAGAAUCCGAGUGGAGAAUACCACAUUGGUCUCAAAAAUGCCGAAGAUCUGUACCCUCGAUCAAGCAAGGUGAAGGAUAGAAUCUUGAAGAAGAAGAAAGUGAAACUCUGGGAUCCAUUGCACAAGAGCCUAGUUGCAGAUGUCCUCAAAGAUAUCCAGGAGUUUGAGAAGAAGAAUCCUCAUCCUGAAGGGCAGCAGAAAUUGCAGAGAGAGGAAUUAGAUGCCAGACUUGAGUUGUUGAAUCAGUUAGAAAAGUCCAACCCCCUUGCUCCCCCCGUCUAUGACUGCAUCACCUUCUUUGAUGGAGACAUUUGGAGAGCCUGUAUCGACACAACAGAAACUGGAGACCUGGACAAGUGCAAGGUGCUGGGUCAAUAUCGGGAGACGUUGGAGUAUGGAACCUUGACCUCGCUUGAUCAAGAGUUUGAGAAGAAGAAUCCUCAUCCUGAAGGGCAGCAGAAAUUGCAGAGAGAGGAAUUAGAUGCCAGACUUGAGUUGUUGAAUCAGUUAGAAAAGUCCAACCCCCUUGCUCCCCCCGUCUAUGACUGCAUCACCUUCUUUGAUGGAGACAUUUGG